UUCUACGCCAAUUCAACAACACGAAACCUACAAAUCACCAUUUUCAUGAUCGUCUAAUCUCCAGAUUGUUGUUAAAAAUCUAAGAAAUGGAAGAGUACAAUGAUCUGGAGCAGGUUACGGGAAGCCCAACAUCUGGAGAGAGUGGAUUUGUUCAUGUAGAGCCAAUUGAUUCCGCCUCAAUAGAUGGUAGUCCAAUUAAUCAGGAUGAUGGAGUGGUGGUAACAAGCAUAGAUACUGUACAAUAUGAGUCAAGUGAUAUAAGGAUGGCUGAAGAUGGGGGAAAUGAGGAGUUUGUGGAUUGCCCAGAUGACUUGGUUUCUUAUGAUGGGAUGACUAGUUUUGUUGAAAGUAGCGAAGGAGAAGUAGUUCCUGAAAACCAACAGACAUUUCGGGACGAUACAGAAGAUAAUCGGCAUGGUUUUUCUGAUGGUGAAAGGGAAAUCUUUUCGCACCACUAUCAGGAAGAAAGACGGCGGUUGAUGAUAGAACUUACUAAUCUACACCAUCAGCUGAGGGAUCUUAUUGAGAAUCAACCAUUGAUUGGAGGAAAUGACGGUGGGUUGUCUACUGAUCAAUUCACAUCAGCAACAGGAGUGGGUGAUGACAAGUCUUUCUUGCCUUUGCAUGAGAUGAUAAAUGACUGCUCUAGGUUUAUUCAGCUUGCUUUGAGUAAACAGUCACAGACUGAGGUCACAAUCAGAGAACUCUAUUCCACUCUGGAUGCAAAAGAUAGAGAAAUUGAGGAUCUUAAUGUAAAAGUCACUAAACACAAUGUACCACAACUGUCAUCUGUUGAGACCAUUGCAGAUAGGAUUUUAUCUUCGAUUGCAACUGUCGUUGGUGGGGAAGAAUUUCCUGAUACAUCUGUUAGUGGUAAACUGUCUCAUCUUGAGAAAAGCACCUCCCUUUUAAUUGAGAAGUACAAUCACUUCCUUUCUGAAGUUGAGAUGCUUAACCAGUGUUUGGCAGAGAUUAAGUCGGAGUACCAUAUGCAAACUGACAUGGAUAAAGUUCUAUUCACUGUACGAGAGGAAUUGAUCGAGUCGAAAAGAAAAGAACUUGAGUUGGCCAAUAGAAGCAGCCAUUUGGAAGAUGAAUACAGGAAGCUGAUGGAACAAGUUGAUAAAGGCAGAAAAACCAUUGAGAUGUUGUAUUCAGAGAUUGGAAAGCUCAAAGGGGAAGUUGAAGUAGAGAAGGCAAGGUUUAGUAAUGCCAAAGAAAAGCUUGGCUUGGCUGUGACCAGAGGAAAAUCAUUGGUUCAGCAACGUGACUCAUUGCGGCAAGUGAUUGUGGAGAAAACAAAUGAAUUAGAUAAAUGUUUGAUUGAACUGCAAGAGAAGUCAAGUGCCCUAGAGGCUGCUGAGUUGAGAAAGGAGGAGAUGGAACAUGCUGAAGCUUUAGCUAAUUCACUGAAACAAGCUCUUUUGCAAAGGGACAUGAUCCUUGAGAAGUGUGAAGAAGUUUUGUCUCUCAGUGGUGCUGCAGAGGAACUUCAAUCAUCAGAUAUCAUUGAUAAGGUUACGUGGCUUUCAAAUGAAAGAAGUAGACUGGCACUUGUCUCUUUGGAAUUUCAGAAACUCACCAAUGCAUUAUCCUCUCUAGAGUUACCUGAAGUCGCACAGUAUACUGACUUGGGAUCUCAAGUUAGUUGGUUGUUGGAAUCAUUUAAUAUGGCUAAAUCCCAAUCUAGUAAGCUACAAGAAGAAAUUAAUACAAUGAAAGAGGGUACAUGUGCGGAGAUUGAUCGCCUUACAUUAUUACUGUUGGUGGAAGCUCAGGAGAAGAGCUAUCUUGAAGAUGAGUUUGAAGAUUUGACACACGAGUACAAAGAAGUUGUCAAGGAGAAGUGCCAAGUUUUCUUGGAGAAGGAACAGAUGCUGACUCUGUUACUUGAUGCAUCUGGGAUUUCAAGAGAUGGUCUGGAGGACAGCAUUAAACUACACUCUGACAUAGCCAUGGUGAUUGACAGAUGUUUAUCAAGGAUAAAAGAAAAUGCCAUAGGUUCUUAUGAACCAUCUCCUAUGAAGACAGAAUUACUUGAAAAAUUUAUGGACCUGUUGUAUGAAAAGGAUCAGGCGUGUAAGCUCUAUGAGCAAAUACUAGAGGAAGAGACAGUGGAUAAGUUGGAGCUGGAUAAAUGCUUAAAUAAGAUAGCAAAGCUUUCUGAAGAACUUCAUGUAUUGAAAGAUAAGAAUGGGUCUCUGCAAAUUGAUCUUCAAAGAUCUGAGGAUAAAGCUAUGUUAUUGAGGGAAAAAUUAUCCAUGGCAGUUAAGAAGGGCAAAAGUUUGGUUCAAGAGCGCGAGAGCAUGAAACAGCAAAUGGCUGAAAAGAAUACUCAGAUUGAGGCAUUAAAGCAGGAACUAAAACAACAAGAAGCAACAAUAAAUGACUGCAGGGAUAAGAUUAGUAAAUUGUCAAGUGAUGUGGAACAAAUCACAAAGUUGGAAUCUGAUCUUCUAUGUUCAAAAGAAGAAAGAGAUCAAAUUGAGCAGUUCUUAGUGGAGAGCAAUACUAUAUUACAGCGGGUAAUUGAGGCCAUUGAUUGUAUUGUUCUUCCAGUUGAUUUAACAGACCCAGUUGAAAAGGUGAAGUGGUGUGCAGCUUAUUUAAAUGAAUGCCAAGUUGCAAAGGCUCAGGCAGAGCAGGAGUUGGGAGAUGUGAAAGACGAAGCCAGUAUGCUGACUAGCAAGUUGACUGAUGCCCUGACAACCGUGAAAUCCCUUGAAGAUGCAUUAUUGACUUCUGAGAAAAGCGUGUCACAGUUAACUGAAGAAAAGAGAGAGUCAGAAAUGUUGAGAACACAUAUUGAAGAGGAAUUACAUAAAGCAAUGGAGGAAUGGAAGAUUUCAAAGACACGGGCAGAACAAGAAGCGGGAGUAUUACAAGAGGAAGUCGCUACAUUGAACAACAAGUUGAUGGAGGUCCUGACAAACUUGAAAACACUGGAAGAUGUACAAUCAGGUUCAGUGAAAAUGAUCACUCAACUAACAGAAGAGAAGCGAGAACUAGAAGUUGCCAAGUCUUGUGUCGAACAAGAUUUACAUAAAGCACUGGAGGAUGCAUCUUCUCAAAUGAGUAAGUUUCAAGAGAUUAUUGCAAGUAAAAACUCGCUUCAAGAGGAGUUGUCACUUGCCGAAAAAAACAUUUCUGCCGUCAGGAGUGAAAAGGAAGAUGCUCAAGCUAGUACAGUUGCUUCUGAAAGGGAGCUACAGAAAAUUAAGGAGGAAGUUUCUACUCAUGUCAUCAAUCUGGAUGAAGCCUACAGAACUAUUAGGUCCCUUGAGGAUGCAAUGUCUCAGUCACAGACGGAUGUUUCUCAGUUUUCCAAUGAAAAUGAGAAGGCACGUGAUAAUGUGAGUUUAUUAGAGAGUGAAAUAAAGAAGCUCAAAGAAGAAAUUGCACACCAUGAGCGCAUGUUCGCGGAUGCCUCUGCAACUAUUAAAACAUUAGAGGAUGAAUUGUUGAAGGCCAAGAACCAUAUUUCUGAUGUUGUUGGAGAACAGAAGAUUGCUGAACAGGAGAUUUUAACCCUCAAUACCCAGUUGAGUGGAUGUAGGCAAGAGUUAGCAUGUAAGCAUGAUUUUGAGCUCCCGAGCUUCCUUGACAAUUUGCAAGUAAUUUUGAAAGAUGGAACUUUGUUGACCUUGUUCAAGCAAAGCUUUGAGAAAAAAAUUGAAAUCUUUAUAGAAAUGGACCGCCAUCUUAAAGAUAUCAUGGAUUGUUUUGAUUCAGAACAACUGAAAGAUUAUCCUGCCAUUGAGGAAAAUUUUCAGUUGUCAACUUUCCUACCUGCUGGCUUUGAGAAUGUUCUGAACACCGAAAUUGAUGCACCAGAUGCUGAGGAUAUUGGUUCAUUCGCUGGAAAUUUUUUGGAAAAGUUUAUCUUGAGAAACCAGAUUCUUGCAGAUGAAUUUGGCCGUUUAUCUACAUCUACCAAUGAUCUGACGACAUCGUUGUUGAUAAAACUGGAUGCAAUAAGGAAUACUGUGCCAUUUAUGGUUGAGCACACAAAAACUUUGCAAAAAAAUGUUAAUAAUUUGCAUAUUGAUAAACAAGCACAAGAGGAUAGAGUGGUAGUUCUUGAACAUGAUAUUAAAGUGUUGCUUUCUGCCUGUGCUGAUGUUACCGAAGAAAUGAAGAAUCUAGUUGAGAAUAAUAUUCUGGAAAUUGAUUCUGCCCAUGGGUUGGACAAGUUGAAUUCUAACCCCUCCUCAAAUAUUAGAGAAAUUGUCAUUGAUAAUGAGGCACUAGCAGAUGUCAAGGUUGCUGAGGAGAUGUUGUCUGCUGCUAGAAAUGUUCAAAGUGUAAUCGAACAUUGUGUUGAUGUAAAACAGAAGAUGACCACCACGAUUACAAAAUUGCAGGCUGAGUUAGAGAAAACCAGGUCAAUGUACGACAAAGCCAAAGAAGAAAAUGACAUAUUCCAAAACAAGGUUUCUAAGUUGGAGCCCAAGCUAGCAGCAUCUCCAAACCUGCACUAUGAAAUGGGUAUUAAAUUAGAAGAUAGCCAGCCAAAAGAGGAUGACUGGAAUGAAAGAGAAGCAGAGUUAUCCAAGCAGACUACUGCAUUUAUUGAAGAUCAUGAGGCUCAAAAUGAUCUUCUGUCAGCUUCCGAAAUAAAAUCCCUGUUUGAUAAAGUUAAUGGGAUCACAAUCCCUUUCCCAAACGCUGGAGCAGGAGACAUACAACCCCAUGAUUUAGACCCCACCAAAAAGCUAUUUUAUAUAGUUGAUAGUGUAAAUGAAUUGCUGGAUCAGAUUACCUUGCUGUCUAAUGCCAAAGAAGAGCUGCAGUCAACCCUUUCGAGACAGGCCCUUGAAAUUGAACAUUUGGAGGAGGAAUUUGAUGAAGCCCUCAAGGAUAAAGACUCUGACAAGAUAAAGGAAUUAUUUGAGUUAUCAAUAGGGCUGGAAAGUAUUAUUAGUAAAUUUGGUGGUGACGAAUCUAUUGGAGGCAAGAAAUCUGGUGAUGUAGCAGCACUGCUCCCAGUACUAGAGAGGCUUGUUCAGAGCAUGGUUUUGGAUGGUGAAAAUACAAAAAUGGAAGCUCAAGACCUAGGUGUCAAGUUGCUGGAGACACAGAAGGUGGUAGAGGAGUUAGCAAGCAAGGUUAAAUUACUUGAAGAUUUAAAUCAAAGUCGAAUUGAUUCACCAGACACAAUACAUGAAAAAGGCAUCACUGAAGCAUCUGCCUUGCCUCCACGGUCUGAAAUAUCUGAAGUCCAAGAUCUGGGACCAAUUGGGAAAAGAUCCAUGCCAUCUGCUGCUCAUGUGAGAACUUUAAAGAAGGGAUCAAAUGACCAUCUUUCCAUAAACAUAGAUCAAGAAUCUGAUCGUUUGAUUGAUACACGGGAAACUGUUGAAGACAAACGUCUUAUAUUCAAGUCCCUGCAUACGACUGGUCUUGUGCCAGCACAAGGGAAGAUCAUCGCAGAUCGGCUUGAUGGAAUAUGGGUUUCUGGUGGCCAAGCUUUGAUGAGUCGGCCACGGGCAAGGCUAGGGCUCAUAGCUUAUUGGCUUGUCUUGCAUCUAUGGCUUCUGGGCACUCUUCUGUGACCAAUAAUACGACACUCCCAAUGGAGAUCGGCUUGUAAGCUGUAGUAUGUUGUAGAGCACCCAAAGAAUAGCAGGUGCGAUCACGAUUAACAGAAGCUGCCCUCUGUUGUCAUUAGCAGCCGC